CCGCGGUAUUCCCUAGGGAAGAGGGUUGGAUGCUGGCCAGGCUGUGCAGGGCUGGGCUGCGCAGGAGCCAGCUCCUCCCUCUCGCUAUUUAUUCCUCGUAGCGCCGCGGCCGCGGCUGAAUCACCUCGAACCCAGCGAGCUCCUAGCUGCCAUGGCCCGGCUCCUCGUCACCUGCUGCCUGCUGGCCCUGCUCCUCCUCUCCUGGACCGACGUCGCCUUCUCCAAGAAGGGCAAAGGCAAACCCGGCGGAGGGGGCUGGGGGAGCCAUCGCCAGCCCAGCUACCCUCGCCAGCCCAGCUACCCCCAGAACCCCGGCUACCCCCACAACCCGGGGUACCCCCACAACCCUGGAUACCCCCGCAACCCAGGCUACCCCCACAACCCCGGCUACCCCCAGAAUCCGGGCUGGGGGCAGGGUUACAACCCUUCCAGCGGAGGCAGCUACUACAACCAGAAGCCCUGGAAGCCUCCUAAGUCCAAGACCAACCUGAAGCACGUGGCGGGGGCGGCGGCGGCGGGGGCCGUGGUAGGGGGGCUGGGGGGCUACGCCAUGGGCCGGGUGAUGUCGGGGAUGCACUACCGCUUCGACAGCCCCGACGAGUACCAGUGGUGGAACGCCAACGCCGGGCGCUACCCCAACCGGGUGUACUACCAGGAGUACAGCAGCCCCCCGCCCCAGGACGUCUUCGUGGCCGACUGCUUCAACAUCACCGUGACGGAGCACAACAUCGGCCCCGCCGCCCGCCGGAACGCCUCGGAGGCGGGGCCGGCGGCCAACCAAACAGACCUGGAGAUGGAGACCAAGGUGGUGACCAAGGUGAUCAGGGAGAUGUGCAUCCAGCAGUACCGCGAGUACCGCCUGGCCUCCGCCGUCCGGCCGCAGCUGGCUGACGCCUCCCUGGCUGCCUUCCUGCUCUUCGCCCUCUUCGUGCUGCACUGAAGGCUGCAAACCCCCCUCCCCCCCCGAGAGAUGUCACCUGUGUGUGUCCCCUCAUGGGGGCUCCCCAAACCCCCCUGGUCUUGCUUGCAGUCGUCGUUGGUGAAGAGCCCUUGGAGCCCGUGGGCACCGGCCGCUGCCUGGCACCUCCUCAAGAGGCUGCAGUUUAGGGAUUAAAAUUUCCUUCUCCACCCCUAACGUGUCCCUUGUGUGGCAAGACGCUGAUGGAGCUGGAUGCCCACUCAAGUGGCCUUCACCACCACCUCCUCCUCCUGGGGGGUCACCCCGAGGGGGACCAGGCAGAGAGGAUCUCACUGGGUCCCGAAGUUCCUCUUUGCUAACAAGCAGGGGCCCCUUUAGACCCUUCAGCACCAAAAUGUUUUCCCUGGGGCAUGCCACAGUGCUGUACCCCAGCAGCACCCCCACACAUCCCAACCCCCACAC